AUGGGAGCCUCCAGCGACAAGGCGUCUCUCCUCUCUGGGCUGCUUGUGUUCACGCUGUGUGUCGUCUCUUCUCUCUGCCAGGAGGAACAUUCUGGAUACCACUCAGGUGAGGAACACACCUAUGAAGGCUCCGUGGUCGACCACUAUGACAACUUAGCCUCUCCUCAGCCAGAGUAUCCACCUGAGCCCACUCACAGCUACGACGAGGACCAGGAGCGAGACUACGACCCCUACGGCCCUGCCCCCACCCAGGUGACCAUGAUCACUGAGGAGGCCUUCCCCUACGCCACCACGGCCGAGUCCCACUACGCUAAGGAGGAUAAAGAGACCAUGAAGGUCCCAUAUCGUCCAGCAGGACCAGACACAGACUCGUCGGAAGAGUCUGGGGACGACGCAGCGCUCGGCGAGGAAGGGCCGACAGAGUGCAACUGUGAACCUGGAGAGCCUGGAUUUGCUGGCUUUGCAGGACCAAAGGGAUCUAGGGGUCUGCAGGGUAAAGCCGGUGAGCCAGGAAUUCAAGGCAGAGAAGGUUAUAAGGGAACCAAAGGAGUUCGGGGAAGAGGAGGAGACACUGGACCAGUAGGCGACCCCGGGCCUGAAGGAGAUGAUGGCGCUUCUGGUUUCUCCGGAGCCAUGGGAGAACCUGGACUUCCAGGAGACCCCGGCGAGCAAGGACAGCUGGGUCUGAAGGGUGACAUCGGUAUGGAGGGGCCCCGUGGAGGAGUCGGAGGUCCUGGUGAGACUGGCCCUCUUGGUGAACCUGGGCCUCCAGGACCAAAGGGAGGUAAAGGAAUCAAGGGGUCUCGUGGUGAUGAAGGCAAACAGGGUUCUGAGGGACGAGAGGGACAGAAGGGUCAGACCGGAGCUCCCGGGUUUCCGGGGGACGUCGGCGACAGAGGAUACACUGGUUAUCCUGGACAGCCUGGAUCCAUUGGACCCGGUGGACCAAAGGGCACUAAAGGUCACAGUGGCCUGCCAGGCAGUGACGGCGACCCUGGCGAAGAUGGUCCUAUAGGAGUCCCGGGUGUGAUAGGAGAGCCUGGAGUCUUCGGUACCAAGGGCAGUAAGGGGGAUCGUGGUGUGAGAGGACCUCGAGGCAGAGUGGGCGCUGGGGGAGCUCAAGGAGAGCAAGGAGAUGCCGGAGUACCAGGGAAACAGGGACCAAAGGGCCUGCAGGGCCAGACUGGGGCCAAAGGUGAGACUGGGCCAGAUGGUGAGAAGGGUGCAACAGGAAAGAAGGGCAUUAAAGGUAUAAAAGGACAAAAGGGAAGCAGGGGUGACCGUGGAGACAAAGGACAGCGUGGACCGAAAGGUGCAGUUGGACGUGACGGCACCCCCGGCCCUGUUGGACCGCCCGGCAUCCCGGGUACCAGAGGGGAGCGCGGUAUGAUCGGUGACCUGGGUGUCAAAGGCCGAGCGGGACCCAAAGGAGUUCCAGGCCCUGCUGGUCCUGGUCUGACUGAUGAGCAGGUCCUGCAGCUCUGCAAAGGCGUGGUCACGGCCCAGAUCUCCCAGUACGCCUCCUCCAUCCGGGCCAAGUGCUCCCAGGGCUGCCCCGUCAACAACCGGACACUCAUCGGGCCCCCUGGAGUCCCAGGGCCAGUGGGAUCACCUGGCAAACAUGGUAAAGCAGGAAAACCCGGAGCCAAAGGAGCCAGAGGUGUUCAGGGUGACAGAGGCCUGGAGGGACAGAAAGGAGCCCAGGGUAACAGAGGUCCAAAGGGACCUAAAGGCCUCGCAGGUGAUCCAGGUAAAGGCCUGCCUGGACUCGACGGACCACAAGGCAUCCGAGGUUUGCCAGGUCACCCGGCAGAACCCAAGAACGGCAUGGAGGGUCCCCGAGGUCCCCGAGGCUUCCCUGGUCCAGUCGGCCAGCCCGGCAUGCUCGGGGUCGCAGGCGUGCCGGGUUUUUGCGAGGCGCGAGACUGCAGCAUUCAUGCGCCGGUGAUGCGCAAAGAGCAGGGUCUGGUGAAAGGGCCCGUCAGCUCAAAGAUCUGAACACGAGCGACAAGGGCCUCUGUGAGAUUACAGAAGGUCUUGAGAUUCACCUGGUGGCAACUUCACCUCAUUGAAUUCCAGCUGACGUUAGAACUGGGUUAAAAAAAAAUGUCUUAAAUUUAUGACACUAGUUUGUUUAAAAGCUGCAAAUGAUUCUGUCUCUUAUUGACUGUUGUUGAAAAUGUCAGUGGACCAAGUAAAGAACCGCAGGGCGCUCCGCUAGGCAGGAAACUGCAGGAUUGAAACCAAAAAAGACUUUUCAGUCUGAGCCGGCUGCAGGUGAACUUUUGAUAUUUUAGAGGUUUCAUACAUCAACAACACUGUAACAGUUUCACAUGGUACAAUUGUAUCUGAUAUUUUUAAUUAGAUUUUUAUAAAAAGGCUAAAUGAUUCCCCUCUGAAUCCUUUCCCUUGUUUAGUUUUCUCUGGUUU